CGAUAUUCAGAUGUUCAGUCAUGUGGUGAAAUAGCUCACCAGCAACCAGAGAGCCCCAGUCUCUGAGAGAACAGCAGAAGCAGAGUUUCAAAGCGUGAAAGGACCGCAAAAAGUCAGAGAUUUUAAUAAGUGAGAGGGACCAGCCAGAGAGAGAAAAUCAACGUUCUUAAGAUUCCAAGAGGUCGGAGGAUUUGACAAGUUCACAUUUAAGGAACAGUACUACUUCCUCUGUGUGAAACAGGUGCCUAAAGAAAAUUCACUGACAUUCUGUAGCUUUUGCUGAAACAAUCAUGACUGGAUCCAGAGGUUCAGUUCUUCAAACAUUCCUCAGUCUGGUCAUAAUGUCUCAGCUCAGUGUCUGCACCAAGGAGCCAAUGUUGGCGUCCACAGUCACCCUGGGCAAUACUGACGAUUAUGAUUACACAUCUGAUCCGGACGAUGUGGAUUAUGGUCAGUUUGUUCUGCAGUGUCAGAAAGCUGAUGUCCGGUCUUUCCGCCAAUCUUUCCUCCCUGCCAUUUAUGCAGUAAUCACUGUGCUCGGAUUCCUGGGCAACGGGCUGGUUGUCAUCACGUACAUUUACUUCAAACGGUUGAGGACAAUGACUGAUGUUUAUCUCCUGAAUUUGGCCUUGGCUGACCUCCUGUUCCUUUUCACAUUGCCCUUCUGGGCGGUCAGUGUGGUUAAACACUGGAUCUUUGGUCAGGUGAUGUGUAAGACUGUCUAUGUGCUGUAUCGUGUCAGCUUCUUCAGUGGCAUGCUGCUUCUCAUGUGUAUCAGCAUUGACAGAUACUUCUCCAUUGUACGGGCAGCUUCAGCUCACCGGCACCGUUCCAAGGCUGUAUACUACAGUAAGAUUGUGUCGGUGUGUGUCUGGCUUUUUUCCCUGCUUCUAUCCUUGCCUGAACUGCUCUACAGUGACCAAAAGCAAAGUGACAAUGGUAUGCUAUGCAAAAUGAACCUGGACAACAGCACAAUCGUCUUCACCGCUGGCACCCAGUUAGCAGUGGGAUUCUUUAUCCCUCUUGUAGUCAUGCUCUUCUGCUAUUGUGUCAUUAUUAAGACCUUACUGUUGGCCAGGAAUUUUGAAAAGAACAAAGCAAUCAAGGUGAUCAUUGCUGUGGUCCUUGUUUUCCUCAUGUUCCAAUUACCCUACAACAGUGUCAUGCUGAUGGACACGAUUAAUGAUGUUAAUGCCACUGUGGCAGACUGCGACUUCAGCAAACAAAUGAAUAUUGCCAUUGAUAUCACCAAGAGCCUGGCCUAUGUGAGAUGUUGCCUUAACCCUUUCCUCUACGCUUUCAUCGGAGUGAAAUUCCGCCAUGACCUGCUCAAACUGAUGAAGGAGUUGGGUUGUAUGAGCAGUGAGAGGCUGAUAAGCUACGUCAACGUCAAGGCCACUUUGACCAGCAAGAGGGGUUCCAUCGCCACUGAUACAGACAGCACAACUACUUUCUCACCAUGAAAGCACACUGAACCCUCAUCACAAACUGAAAUUAUUUUCUGAAAGUCUUGUUGCUUGGACAGUAACGCAGAACGAGACAAGGAUCUUCCAAAAAGGAGAGAUUUUCAUGAAAUGUUUUUCAUCAGCAAAGUUAAUCCUGGAAGCUGCCCUGGUUUAGCUUUCUCUGUAACUGAGAUAUUAAUCUCAUCAAUGUCGUGUCCGGAAUCGCUGCUGCAAACACUGACCAGCCACUCAUUCUGUUUCAAAAUGUUCCUGAACAGAUGGGACAAUUCUUCAAUUUCCUGAUUCAUUAACUUCAAAUUUAAUCUUCCUCCCACUCUGCCCUGCUCAUCACGUUUCACAAUCUGGUGGAAUAAUGUACAGGUAACCAACAGACUUGGCAACUUGCUGAUGUUACACAACCUCCCUAAUCCCUGUGACUCUCACUACCCUGACAGGUUAUUCUGCUAUCCACACACUGGGGCAUAAACCUAGUCCCCUCACCAAAGUCAAAGUGAGAAAAUCUUCCAUCAGAGAUCUCCCGAUACUGCUUGGUGAAAUAAAGUUUUGUGUCUCCCUUGUUGCAGACAGUUGUUGUAUUUUGUGAUAAUUAUAAAACAUAUUGUUUGAAUAGUUUAGCUUGUGAUAUUUGCAUAUUCAGAUCCAUCAUUCACCAGAGCUCCAGUGAGACAUGGACUGUGAUGGCUCUGCCAUGUUGAGCCAUAGGAGAUAAUCCACAACAAUGUUGAGAGGUUUGGGGAGCAGACUGAGAGAUUACUGCCAGGUGUCAAUAUCUGUUAUGAACAGGUUCACUGCACAACCUCAAUGACAGGAUUGAGGGAGUUGACCGGUGUUUUGGUUAUCAGUUUGUGUGGAACUGUGUUAGUGUUUUAUGGGAAGCUUAUCACAUAGAGUUCACAGCUCAGGAUAUUGAGGAGUGAGAGUAACUCUGGUUUUCCUGUCAGAAAGUCUGUUUGAAAGAGGCAUUUCCCACAAGUUUUGAGUCACAACACAAUGUUACCUGGCAGCAAGGCAUCUCCACGUGGGUCUAGACUCUCCCCCUCAAGCCCUCAGUCCCUCUGGUUUCAUAGCGACAGCAUUUCACAUAAAGUCCUUGGUCAGUUUACUCCUUUACCUCCUCUGUGAAGGAAUAGAUGUGUGUACUUCAGAACGCCCCACCACCCACACCCAACUGCCCAGUACCAAAUCCUAAAACUCUAGCUCCAACACUGACUCCUGUCCCCGGCCCCCACCUCCAAUGCUCAGCUCCAACCCUCCACUGAUUUACAAUAAGGUCUAAGAUGAAAAUCUCCAGGCAGGCCGGAGGACAAAGGCAUUCCCAGUGAAAUCCAUUGCCAGAACACAACAGAAAUGCAUGCAGCUUUAGAAUCUAUGCAUUUCCAGAAUGUUCCACUUUAAAAUUCAUUUCUUUGUUUUCAAAUCUUUCUGUGGUCUCAUCCCUCCCUAAUUCUGUAACCUCCCCCAGUGCCAUAUCCCUCCAGGAUCUCUGUCCUUCUCUAAUUCUGACUUCUGGAACAUCCCAGAUUUUAAUCACUCCACUGUUGCUGGCCGUGCCUUCAGCUGCCUGGGCCCUAAGCUCUGGAACUCCCUCUCUGAACCUCUCCAUUUUCCUCUACCUCAUGUUCCUCUUUUAAGAUGCUCCUUAAAACCUACCUCUUUGACAAAACUUUUCGUCAUCUGUCCAGAUAUCUCCUUACGUGGCUCAGUGUUAAAUAUUGUUUUGUUAAGCUCCCUAUGAAAAUGACUUUUCAAGAUUUACUGUACUUUUCCCAAUUAUAUAAAUGCAAGUUCUUUAAAUUUUGUAAUUUGUAGAAAUUAAAACUAUUAUUGACUGUCAGUGAUAAAGAUGCUUACAAUUGGAUCCUUUUCCGUGAAUGUAUUUUUUUUAUUGCUGUGUGAUGUGCUGUUUAAACACAUUUCUUAUGGAUUUUUCAAUAUAGUUAAGCAAAUCUAUUGUUAAUCUUAAUUUAGUUUCUGUAUCAUGUUAUUUUGACUGUAUUGAGGAAACGUUUCGGGAUAACAAAUAUUUUUUAUCUAAAUCUUUAUUGUAAAAGAAUUGUUUCCCUUAGAAUAAAGGUUUGUGUUAAUGUGUUCUGGUUUA